AUGACAGAGCUCGUACGCAUCACCAAAGUAGGUGGUCGGUACCUCGUCUUCGAGGUCAAAGAUGUCGCCUCUCUGCGACGCGACCACUGCAUCUGUGCCGUCUUGGUCGGCACCACACCGCAGAACCCAACCCAAAACCUCUUCUCGGGACUGCCGUUAGAACUUCUUCCUGAGGAAGCGAAACUUCUAGUGGACAAAGGUGUCGCCCAUGUCGUGGACGAGGCCACAUCCCACCUGACUCACCUGACAUCCAUGGAUCCCACCGCCAAGCAUGCUUACCUACAAUCUUUGAGGACUCGGCGGCAAAAUAUUUCGCGGGUUCUUGACGAAGAGGACGCCAUCAGGAAGGCCGAAGGCGCCAAGAUGAGAGGAAAACAGAAAUCUAAGCGGAUUCCCGCCCGGGCUGAUACCCCACCAGUCGUCGAGGAAGUUCAGUUGCCACUGUCCCCUCCACCGGAGAAGCAAGAUGAGGCUUCAGUGCUACCUGCCGCAACGGCAGAUCGUGAGGAGUCGCUCUUCUCAUUCCCCCCUCAGCAGAGGAAAGGGGGGACCACUCCCUCGUCUACCACUAUAGUUGCAACCAACCGUCAUCUGACGGCAACUACCAGUGCUGACAUGUUGUCAGACCCCAAAGCUUGCAGCGUGCCUGUCGAGGCGCCUCGUUCUUACCCUUUCUACAAGCAUCUCAACUCAAAAGGCUACUACAUCACUCCAGGCAUCCGCUUUGGCGCUGAUUACAGUGUCUACCCCGGCGAUCCCUUCAGGUACCACGCGCAUUUCAUGGCGACGAGCUUUGGAUGGGACGAAGAAAUCACUCUGCUGGACCUAGUUAGCGGUGGCCGUCUGGGCACGGGUGUUAAGAAGGGGUUCUUGAUAGGUGGUCAAGCCCCACCAGAAGAGGCAGCAGGAAACCCGCAGGAUACCGGUGAAGACCGGGUGAGGACGUUCACACUAGAGUGGGCUGCCAUGUAG